AUGUUCAUCGCCUAUCGAUUGAGAGAGGCUUACUACUCACAUCUCGAAUUCGCCCGUUGUCCAAUCGUUUGCAUUCCUGAUAUGAUUAAGAGGAAGCGUCAAUAUAGAUACACUUACUAUUGGCAUUUCUACGACAUAAACUAUAAUGUUGAAGUCACAUCGUCGUCGCUAAAUCAAAAGAACAACCUCUAUUCUGCACUCUUCAACGAGUUGUACACUAUUAAUAGUGAGUGGGACAACAAGGAGGAUUCUUUUCUUUUUUUAACCCAUCUGGUCGGGGAUAUGAUGCAACCUCUUCAUGUGACGCAACUUGUGAGUAAGGAGUAUCCGAAAGGCGACCGAGGCGGUUUGUUGUACACGUUGCACGGUUGUAAGAAGAAGAAUUUGCAUCUGUUUGCAGAUGAUCUCGGAAAUUAUUUCCAGAAAAGAGAGUUUAAACAAAUUGGUAAAGUAGCUGACACCAUGCACUUGCUCUGUGUUCAGAAGAAUUGGUAUGGUUCUGAUACGUUGGAAGUGGGGGUGUUCAAUCUGAUUCAGAACUGGAUAAUGGAGUCUCAUUACAGAGGUCGUGAAAUCUACCAGAUUUUGAAUGGUUCUCAUUCUUUUUCAAAAUCCGCGAAGGAAGAGACUCAAGCAAUCUUGCUUCAUAGUGUUUGUCGCGCUGCAAGCGCUAUUACUCUAACUUUACGACAUCUUUUUAACGAUACUUGGUUCCUAAUUUUUAUUGUUUGA